CCCAGCUAGUUCAGAGAGACUGGCUGCUUUACUGUCAACACAGGCGGCAGCAAUGACGGACAAUAUACCGCUACAGCCCGUGAGACACAAAAACCGGCACGACAAUAAACACAGAAAUGGAUGCUGCCCUUGGUCAAGAUGUUGUGGCAUGGGUGACUUCCGGCCACGGACAGUGUGGUUGGGGCAUCCCGAGAAGAGGGAGCAACGUUAUCCCAGGAAUGUCAUCAACAACCAAAAGUACAACUUCUUCAGCUUCCUUCCCGGAGUACUCUUCAAUCAGUUUAAGUACUUCUUCAACCUCUACUUCCUGCUUCUGGCCUGCUCGCAGUUUGUCAAUGAACUGAGACUUGGGGCACUGUACACUUACUGGGUGCCAUUGGGCUUCGUGCUAAUCAUCACCAUCGUGAGGGAGGCAGUGGAAGAGAUGAGGUGUUUUCUGAGGGACAAAGAAGUCAAUUCACAGAUCUACAGCAAGCUCUCCACCAGAGGCACAGUGAAGGUGAAGAGUAGUGGUAUUCAGGUGGGAGAUCUUAUCCUUGUUGAAAAGAACCAGCGCGUCCCUGCUGACAUGAUCUUCCUGCGCACUUCAGAGCGAAACGGUUCCUGCUUUCUGAGGACUGACCAAUUGGAUGGUGAAACAGACUGGAAGCUCCGCCUGCCCGUGGCGUGCACUCAGAGAUUGCCCACUGCAGCUGAUCUGCUGCAGAUAAGAGCCUAUGUGUACGCCGAGGAGCCCAACAUCGACAUCCACAACUUCAUCGGCACUUUCACCAGAGAGGAUGGAGAUCCCCCAGUGAAUGAGAGUCUCAGCAUCGAAAACACCUUGUGGGCCAGCACCGUCAUCGCCUCAGGGACUGUGGUGGGUGUUGUGAUCUACACAGGGAAAGAGCUGCGAAGUGUCAUGAACACCUCCAACCCUCGCCACAAGAUUGGCCUGUUUGACCUGGAAGUGAAUUGCCUGACCAAGAUCCUGUUUGGGGCAUUGGUGGUAGUGUCCCUGGUCAUGGUGGCCCUGCAGCACUUUGCCGGUCGCUGGUACCUGCAGAUCUUCCGUUUCCUGCUGCUUUUCUCCAACAUUGUGCCCAUCAGUUUACGGGUCAAUUUGGACAUGGGAAAGAUGGUGUUCAGCUGGAUGAUCCGGAAAGACUCUAAGAUUCCUGGAACUGUGGUGCGAGCGAGCACCAUCCCGGAGCAGCUGGGUCGCAUCUCCUACCUGCUAACGGACAAGACAGGCACCCUGACCCAGAAUGAGAUGGUGUUCCGCCGGCUGCACCUGGGGACGGUGGCCUACGGGAUGGACUCCAUGGAUGAGGUGCAGAGCCACGUGUUCAGCGCCUACACUCAGGAUAGUGAAGAAGUAGACAGGAAACAAGUAGGAGAGAGAGAUGGGGAGGGAUCGGGACAUGACCGCAGGCCAGAUUUGAACCUGGGUCCCCGUGGGCACUCGGACCCGCACAUGCCUCCUCAUGACCACCUGGCCGCUCGGGCUCCGGCCGCCACCAAGGUGCGGAAGACCAUCAGCAGCCGCGUGCAUGAGGCGGUGAAGGCCAUCGCCCUGGUGCACAACGUCACGCCCGUCUACGAGGCCAACGGCGUCACCGACCAAGCGGAGGCAGAGCAGCACUACGAGGACACCUGCAGAGUGUACCAGGCCUCCAGCCCCGACGAGGUCUCCCUGGUGCAGUGGACAGAGAGCGUGGGCCUGACGCUGGUGGGCCGCGAUCAGUCCUCCAUGCAGCUGAGGACCCCUAGUGGACAGAUCCUGAACUUCACCAUUCUUCAGAUUUUCCCCUUCACCUACGAGAGCAAACGCAUGGGCAUCAUUGUGCGGGAUGAGUCCACUGGAGAGAUCACAUUCUACAUGAAGGGGGCAGAUGUUGUGAUGGCAGGCAUUGUCCAGUACAAUGAUUGGCUGGAGGAGGAGUGUGGUAAUAUGGCCAGAGAGGGGCUGAGGGUGCUUGUGGUGUCGAAGAAGUCCCUAACCGAGGAGCAGUACCAGGACUUUGAGGCGCGGUAUGUCCAGGCCAAGUUGAGUGUGCACGACCGCUCUCUGAAGGUUGCCACGGUGAUAGAGAGUCUGGAGAUGGAGAUGGAGCUGCUGUGCCUGACCGGCGUGGAGGACCAGCUGCAGGCCGACGUGCGGCCCACCCUGGAGAUCCUGCGCAACGCUGGCAUCAAGGUGUGGAUGCUGACCGGAGACAAGCUGGAGACGGCCACCUGCACUGCCAAGAACGCUCACCUAGUGACCCGCAACCAGGACAUCCACGUGUUCCGACCUGUGACCACACGAGGAGAGGCCCACCUCGAGCUCAACGCCUUCAGGAGGAAACACGACUGUGCUCUAGUGAUCUCAGGAGACUCUCUGGAGGUGUGUCUGAAGUUCUAUGAGUAUGAGUUCAUGGAGCUGGCCUGCCAGUGUCCGGCUGUGGUCUGCUGCCGCUGUGCUCCCACUCAGAAGGCCCAGAUCGUCCGACUGCUACAGGAGCGCACAGGCAAACUCACCUGUGCCGUAGGGGAUGGAGGAAAUGAUGUCAGUAUGAUCCAGGAAGCAGACUGUGGUGUGGGAGUGGAGGGCAAAGAGGGAAAGCAGGCUUCUCUGGCCGCUGAUUUCUCUGUGACUCAGUUUAAGCACUUGGGACGGCUGCUUAUGGUUCACGGCAGAAACAGCUACAAGAGGUCGGCAGCGCUUAGCCAGUUUGUCAUCCACAGGAGCUUAUGCAUCAGCACCAUGCAGGCCGUCUUCUCCUCUGUCUUCUACUUCGCUUCGGUUCCUCUGUAUCAAGGAUUCCUGAUCAUUGGAUACUCCACCAUCUACACCAUGUUCCCGGUCUUCUCUCUGGUGCUGGACAAGGAUGUGAAGUCAGAAGUGGCCAUGCUUUACCCAGAACUCUACAAGGACUUGCUCAAGGGUCGACCGCUCUCCUUUAAGACAUUUCUCAUAUGGGUCCUGAUAAGUAUUUAUCAAGGGAGCAUCAUCAUGUACGGCGCGCUGCUGCUCUUUGAGUCGGAGUUCGUGCACAUCGUGGCCAUCUCGUUCACGUCGCUGAUCCUGACGGAGCUGCUGAUGGUGGCGCUGACGGUGCAGACAUGGCACUGGCUCAUGAUCGUGGCCGAGCUGCUCAGCCUGGCCUGCUACAUCGCCUCGCUCGUCUUCCUGCACGAGUUCAUCGACGUGUACUUCAUCACGACGCUGUCGUUCGUGUGGAAGGUGACGGCCAUUACGCUGGUCAGCUGCCUGCCGCUCUACAUCCUCAAGUACCUGCGGCGCCGCUUCUCCCCCCCCAGCUACUCCAAGCUCACCACCUAGACCUGCACACCUGAGUCCCACCGCCGCCACCGCAGCAGCCGCAGCAGCCCCUCGACUCACCUACAACCACACACCUGCAGGGGCUCCACCUGUCUCCAGAGUCAUUGUGUGUGUGUGUGCGUGUGUUUGUGUGUGUGUGUGUGUGUGUGUGUGUGUGUGUGUGUGUGUGUGCGCGUGUGUGUGUGUGU